AUGGAGAAGGAAGCGGCGUGGGGCAAGACCUUUUCUCGUCUCACAACUCUCUCUUGGUGCCGAAAGAGGGUUCUGACUGUUGUGUCUAAUUACCAGAAGGAUGAGGCUUCUGAUGAAUCUGUCGGCUGUGGACGUAAUUGUCUCGGAGCUUGUUGCAUUAACGGGGCAAGGCUUCCGUUGUAUGUCUGCCAGAAACUUGAAAAAUCAUGUGCCGGAGAGAAGCCGGUGGCUUUUCUCGAGUCCCUCGUUCUUGGAGAGGUGAUCCCGGGGAAGUAUGGUUUCGUUGCUCAGCUAAACGAAGGUCGUGACCUAAAGAAGAGGCCCACCGAGUUCCGUGUAGAUAAGGUUUUGCCAUUACCUGGCCAUGCCUUUCCAUUAGAGAAAGCUCCUUCCAUGAAGAUGAUAACCACUGCUAGUGGUGUGAAAAUCUCAGAGCUUCUGAGUUACCCUGUGAGAAGUCUUUUCUUUGAAGGUGGAAGCUCUAUGCAAGACCUAUCUGAUACUGUAUCAGAUGCCUGUGUCUGCCUCCAGAACAACAACAUUCCUUUCAACAUUCUCAUCGCUGAUUGUGGAAGGCAGAUCUUCCUGAUGCCACAUUGUUACGCAGAGAGGAGGAGGUUGAAGGAACCAUACUUCAAGGAGGUUUAUGCUCUCAUCUUUGAAGCCAUAGGUUGUAGUUACCAAGAGGAGGAGGUUGAAGGAACCAUAGUCCUUACCAAUAAUCUCUAUUUUUAUGAUUGUCCUUACCAAAGUUUCUUAAGUAGUAAUAAUAAAAUAUUUAAGGAUUCAAAUUUUGGGACAACCAAUAAUGAUGCUCUAAAAGCCCGAAUCAUAAGCCAUUAACCCUAAUAAUUUUCAUUUCCUUACAGCCAUGGCUAUGAUUUAUUCUCUGUAUGACCUUUGAUGUGUUAGUUCCAGGUUUUUUGAUAUGUUUUAAUUUUUUGAGAUGUUUAUGCAAUCGGUUUCUUUUGUUUUCC